AUGGGAAGAAAGCACGUGUCUUCCCUUGCCUUUAUACUGCCCUUCAUCGCCAGCACUGCAGAUGCGGCGUCAGAUUCGGCUCGGCCGCGGGGCGUAGGUCCCGAGUUUGCAAAGUACUACAAGGAUGCCGAGACAUUUACUUGCAUCUCGAAUCCUUCCAUUAAACUGCCCGUCGCGCGCCUCAACGACGACUACUGCGACUGCCCCGAUGGUUCAGACGAGCCCGGCACCUCGGCCUGCUCCUAUCUCUCUCCCCUCUCCCCACCACAGCCGCUAGGCUUCGAGGGCAAAGACAGCAACACAACACCGGCUCUCCCUGGCUUCUACUGCAAGAACAAGGGUCACCAACCCAGCUAUAUUCCCUUUACCAGCGUCAACGACGGUGUCUGCGACUACGAGCUAUGCUGCGACGGAAGCGAUGAGUUUGGACAUGUUGGAGGGGUCAAAUGCGAAGAUCGCUGUGCGACCAUCGGCAAGGAGUGGAGAAAGGCCAACGAAGCGCGACAGCAGAGCCUUGCUGCUGCCAGGCAACGGCGGAAGGAAUUGGUGGCCGAAGCCAAACGCCUGCGCAAGGAGGUCGAGGACCGCAUCGAGACGCUCAAGACGCAGAUUGAAGGCGCAACACUGAAGGUCGAUGGGCUGACAAAGUCUCUUGCUGAAAUUGAGAGGGCAGAGCGUGGCAAGGUGGCCAAGGGUGCCGGCAAGGGCGGCAAGGUCACAGCGCUGGCUGGCGUGGCCAAGCAGAGGAUCCAAGAGCUGACUGACAAUGUCAACCGCCUACGCAACGAGCGAGACUCGGCACAAGCAAAGGUUGCGGAACUUGAGGACAUGUUGACCCGCUUCAAGGAGGAAUACAACCCCAACUUCAACGACGAGGGUGUGAAGCGUGCGGUGCAGGCGUGGGAAAACUAUGCUGCACAGGACCGGCCUGGUCCCAAUGAGGCUCUGGACCGAGAUCUCGAUGACAUUCUCAAUCCAAACUCUGAGAGUGCGAUCAACUGGGACGAGUUUGAGAAAACCGACGAGUCUGAUGUUGAGCUCCUUUACCAAUUCGAGGAAUACCUGCCUGAAUCCAUUCGCGGCUGGGUCGACAGCAAGCUUCGGGAUCUGCGCAUCACGCUCAUUGAGAACGGAAUCCUCGCUGAUCCCACCGGCACAGAUGCCCCUGAAUCGAAAGCUGUUACGGAUGCAAAGUCGCAGCUCGAGGCAGCCAAGAGGGAACUCGAAGAUGACAAAUCGGAGCUCACGAGGCACGAAGAAGAUCUUACCAAGGACUAUGGUCCAGACUCUAUUUUCCGCGCCCUCAAGGACCAGUGUUUCUCUACCGACUCAGGUGAGUAUACAUACGAGCACUGCUUCUUCUCGAGUACGACGCAGAAGCCCAAGAAGGGUGGCGGCAACACGGGCAUGGGUAACUUUGCCCGCGUGGAGACGAUUACUGUCGAUGAGAUUUUACCCGCAGAUGGCAAAGGCUUAGGCAGCGGCGAGCGCAUUGCCCUCAAGUACGAGAAUGGUCAGCACUGCUGGAACGGACCCAACCGGAGUACGACUGUGAUUUUGGCGUGUGCGGAAAAGGAUGAGAUUUGGAAGAUUGUCGAGGAAGAGAAGUGUGUGUACAGGAUGGAGAUGGGUACGCCAGCUGUGUGUGGUAUUGAGGUUCCCAAGGCCGCGCCCGAGCAUAGCGAGUUGUAAGGGAAAGAAAGGACGUAUUCGGGUACUGCGGUUGAUCCGCGUGCUCGAUAUGACUAGAUGUAGAGAUGUGGUUAAGAUGUUGAGCAGGCUGUCAGCUGUGCCUUUGCUCUAAGACAAGUUAUCUGAAUAGCGAAUUGAGUGUUUGCGAG